AUGGUGGUGGAGCAGGACAGGACGCUGCUCGCCGCGAGGCAAGGGGACGUGCAGACUCUGAAAGUGCAAUUAGCGGCUAAAGCGCUCACCAGUGACGUCAAGGAUGUGCUGGGAGCUUCACCGGUCCACCACGCAGCCCGGGCCGGGAAACUAACAUGCCUGCGUUUCCUGGUGGAGGAGGCAGGACUGCCGGGCAACUCGCUGGCGAACAACGGGGCAAGCCCGGCGCAUGACGCAGCAGCCACCGGCAACCUGACCUGCUUACAGUGGCUGCUGACCCAGGGUGGAUGUCGGCCAGAGCACAGGGACUGUUCUGGUGCCACCGUUCUCCACCUUGCAUCCCGCUUCAGUCACCAUGAGAUCACUGACUGGCUGCUGAAGUGUGGUGAGGUUGACCCCGGGGCCUCCACCGACACAGGCGCCCUACCUGUUCACUAUGCUGCUGCCAAGGGAGACCUGCCCUCUCUCCGACUGUUACUGGGGCACAGCCCAAACUUUGUCAACUCCCAAACUAAGAAUGGUGCCACUCCGCUCUACCUAGCCUGCCAGGAGGGACAUUUGGAGGUCGUCCAAUACCUGGUCAAGGAUUGUGGGGCGGAUCCGAGCAUGAGAGCCAAUGAUGGGAUGACACCUCUGCAUGCGGCUGCCCAGAUGGGCCACAACACUGUCAUCGUCUGGCUGACGAGUUUCACAGAGAUCAGCCUGACAGACCGGGAUAGUGACGGGGCUACGGCCAUGCACUUUGCAGCCAGUCGCGGCCACACCAAGGUGCUCAGCUGGCUUCUGCUGCACGGCGGAGAGAUUGUCACUGACAACUGGGGAGGGACCCCACUUCACGACGCUGCAGAGAACGGGGAACUAGAGUGCUGUCAGAUCCUUGUGGUCAAUGGUGUGGACCUGGGCAUCAGGGACCAGGACGGCUUCACAGCAGCAGACCUGGCCGAAUACAACGGCCACUCCCAGUGUGCCAAGUAUCUGCGCACUGUAGAGAACAUGAGUGUGGAGCACCGUGUUUUGUCUCGGGACCCCUCGGUGGACCUCGAGUACAAGCAGCAGGACUCUGGCCUCUCGUCCCCAAACACCACCAUGCCCCCAGCCAGCCAGGCAGCACAAUUUGAUAUCAGUUCACCAUCCAGCUCCCUGUCCAACUACGACUCAGCCAACUCCAGCCAGUCCAGCACUGGGGAGAAACGGAGCAGCUUAACAACGUCACGAGGCCCACCUGCUCAGCUGAACACAGUCGCACACACAGGUGCAUCAGAGUCAGCCAUUUCAGACAUGCAGGCGUAUAUGGACAUGCUAAAUCCAGACAUUGGCUCUGACUUGCUCAAGAAGAAUGAGAUACCUGCUGAUGCCCCCUCCAAGCUCCCGCCACCACCAACCUAUCCACCCCCACCUCCCCCACAGUCUCCCCCGGAGCCCCCGCCACCCCCAAGCUACCCAGCACCACAGCCCCCUCAGGAGCCGUUGUCAGCUGAGUUCUUGAAGGUGAAAAGCAACUUAAGGCACGUGGAAAACAGCACUGGCAAUAUGGAGUUGUGUCCUGGAGAAGCCCACGACAAACUACGGCGUGUGGAUUCAAACAGGAGGUCAAGGAGCUUCAGCAAGCAGCCCAGCACUGGGGACUACUACAAGGACUUGGGCAGCGACACAGCCGAGCCCAGAGGGAGCAAAGGCAUGGCGCCCAACGAGGAGGGCUCCAUGUUAUUGGAGGAGCCUACCGACAACCCUGCCCACAGCUCUGAGAAUGGCACGACAGAGGACUCGGUCGCCCCCCCACUUCCUCCACCUCCGCCCCCUCUUCCCCCAGGCAACCCAACACCAACACCCCCUCCACCUCCUCCAUUGCCCCCAGAGACGCCAAUCUACCAGAAUCAAUCUGCCAUCCGCACCUCCACCAACCAGCGACGCCCAUCUUCCUCAUCAGGAAGCACAAAAUCUUUCAACAUGAUGUCCCCCACUGGCGACAACUCAGAGCUGCUGGCAGAGAUCAAAGCAGGGAAGAGCCUCAAGCCCACACCUCACAGUAAAGGCUACACCACUGUGUUCUCCAACAGCGGACCCACAGGCAACAAUGAAAAUACCGCAUCUCCACCAGAGACCCGCACAUCUAGCCCACCAGCCAAGCCGCCAUCCCCUCCACCAACCACUACAUCCGUCACUUCCCCACCCACCACCCCUAGUCCCAGCCCUAGUCCAACCGGCUCCGGAUCUGCCAGGACCAUGUCGACCUCUGCAAGCUACGAGCAACUGUCCUCCAACUCUCUGAUCAAUGGGAACGGUGGUGGCGGCAUGGCAGGGGCAGAGUCGGGGCGAAAAUUGAGCCUUGCAGAUGUGGAGGCGUUAGUUCCUACUCACGACGAACAGGGAAAAGCCAUCCCUGAAUGGAAGAGGCAGGUGAUGGUGCGAAAGCUUCAGGUCAAGAUGCAAGAGGAGGAGGAGCACAAGCGCAAGGCUGAGGAGGAGGCUGCACGCCUGGCAUCUAUGCCGGCCUGGAGGAGAGACAUGUUAAAGAAGAAAAUAGACGAAGAGAGGGAACAAAAAAGAAAAUCGGAGCAGCAGGCCAAACAGGCAAAAGAGAUAGAGGAGAAGACGGAGCUUGAGCGACUACGGACCCUAGGCUACGACGAGACCAAGCUGGCCCCCUGGCAGCGGCAGAUCAUUCUGAAGAAAGGGGAUAUAGCCAAACAGUGAACUGGGCCCUCUCAUCCCUCCUCUGCCCUGCAGCCCUCCCCACCCUCACACACCCACUCCAAGGCCUUCACUGAACACCUCACCCUCCCUGAUCCUCCACCUUUCACUGGACAGCGGGGAAGAGCUUCUCUAAACCCUGUCUCACUCUUUGGCCUCCAGAAACACAGAACCAUGCUGAGGUUGCUGCUGUCCACGCCGGCUUUGCGGCUCAGCUUGGGCGAAACGCAGCAGCGUGACCCACCACCUCCCAUCAAAAGUCUCAUGGACACAAACUCUUGCUAACAAUAGCUUUGACAUGCACUGAUUCUCCUCGCUUAAGACAUUUGCUAUAAAUGCACGUGUCCUUAGCUAAAUUAAGAUUAUCUGUAGUAUAUAUCUAUUUGCUUUCCUGUAAAUCAAUAGAAGCUAUUUCACAUAGAAGAUUUUCUCAAACGUAGAGGUUUGUGAUGAUCGAAAGGGGGUACUAGUGAGCAUUUUUGCCAUGGGAGAAAAGCCUGUCAUUGCAUGUGUAUUUUCCCUUUAUUAGCCACACUCACCAUUAUGUAAUGAUGUAGCUCCAUAACAGUUGUGUCAUCUAAAGAUGGCAUGGACAUACUCAGCAAAGGCUUAUUAAACCCCGAAGCAGCUUAUGGAUUCUGUAUGUAGACAAUAUCAUCUUUAUCAUGUUAGAUACUUAGUCAUGAGAUUUUUGUAUCAAGCUCAUAGAAGCACUUUCUUAAUGGCUUCAUUUUACUGCCAGAGUUGUAAUCUUAACACUGCUCAAACUAAUCUGUUUCUUUAGAUAAGCUUGUUGUCAUUUUUUUGUGGAUUUGGAACAUUGAUAUAUAUCCUAUUUAAAAUAAUGUAAAGAGUAUGUAGCUGUACAAAUUGAAUUUUAUUAAU